CACGCUUGUAAAUAAAUUAAUUCGAUGUAGUAACUGUAUCGAAAUGGUUUGCGGAAUUUAACGGUUAUUUAUAUUUAUUGAAUGAUGAAUUUAUUUGCGCCUUAAUCAGUCGUAGCGUCAUAAUCGAUGUGUGAUGGUGUUGUGUACAGGGCAGUGAAACAAAUUAUUUCUCAUCAAUUUAAAUACAAAAUUAUUUUAUUUUUCAAAACUACAAAUUAAACUGAUACUUUGACUGAAAGUAUUUUAUUUUUAAUAAUAUGGUCAAUAUCAUUUUCCAUAAUUAUAAGUUAUCAAACAAGAGACGGAAUUAUUAACAAUUUUCAUUCAAAGAAGUUGCUCGUUUUAACAAUAGAAAGUCCUUUUCAGAGAUAUGGCAAAACCUGUCUGUGUAGCAGUUUCUGUUUUUGUUGGAUUAUUCUGCAAUGUUGGCGAAUGCACAGUAAAGAAAGGACUUGGAAUGGCACCUGCUUUGUUCACAUGCACUGACCUACCAAAACUGACAGGAAUAUCUUGGUGGUAUGAUUGGGGUGCAAAUGGAGACAAACAGCGGCGCCUGAACAAUUGCACAGAUUACGAUGCUUACAUUGACAUGCACGUGCCCAUGUCUUGGGGGAAUGGUAGUACAUUUCCUAACUACAUUGUUUUACCUCAGGCAAAAUAUUUCCUCGGUUUCAACGAGCCGAACCACCAGGCGCAAUCUAACUUAACUUCAAGACAAGCAGCCGAACUAUGGCCACAAGUAGAGGCCGUUGCCACAACGGACAGAAAACUCGUCAGUCCAGCAGCGGCUCCGUGCGGUAAAAACUGUCAGGGAGACAAUGUGACGGCCUGGUUUUCUGAUUUCUUUAAGUUCUGUGAUGGAUGCAGAGUUGAUUAUCUCGCCACACACGUAUACUAUUGCGACCCAGAUAGGGUGAUGAACUACCUUUCUGGACUGUACGAGGACUUUAAUUUACUAAUCUGGGUUACCGAGUUUGCAUGUCCUGCAGAAACUGACCCUGCAAUCGUUUUAGAGUUCAUGAAAGCGAUAUUGCCAAGACUAGAAGAAGCACCAUACAUCUUUAGAUAUGCUUGGUACAUUUCACGACUGGAGAACACCUGGAUGUUUGUGAAGCCAGCUGUUAGUUUAUUUGAAUCUGGCUCGCCAGAGUUUACACCUCUUGGAGAGUAUUACAAUAACUUCGGUGAAACCACAACGACAACAGCAUCAACAACUACAACUACAGCAUCAACAACUACAACUACAGCAUCGACAACUACAACAGUUACGACCGCGUCAGCUUCUACAAAGGAGACGACCAGUAAACCUUCUUCUCCAGCUGUCCGCAUGCAGGAAUCUGUACCAUUACUAAUGUGGUGCAGCAUUGUUCUGUUAUGUUCACGGGACAGUUGGUAUUAAGACAUAUAAACUUUAUGUUAAUUUCAUCAUAAGUCCCUGUGUUCACUAAGAUUUAAGCAUCAGGACCAAGCUUUAGAUCAAACUAAAAACAUACCAUUGAUUAAUAUCGUAUAAUUAAUUUCAAGUAUUUAUUUAAUAGAAACAGACUUGAAAUAGCAGGUUUAUGAAAUCAUAGAGCAAAAUAACGUUUUUGGCAUUUUGUUUAAGCUUUAACAUCACCAAUGUUAUUUUCUUAAGUUUUGAUCCCGAUCCGGAAACUUUUCUUUGUGAACACGGGGCCAAAUUAUCUAGUACCGUAUAACGGUAACAGUCAAAGAUGUAAGUUUGAUGUGGCAAGUAAACUUAUGAUAUACAUGAUUUUCGUAUUAUCAUGCAACAUUUGAUAUUGUAUCAAAUUAAGUGGGUUUUCUCCGCCUAAAUAAGCAAAAUUUUACAUUUAUCUUGUAAGGCAGGCCAUGAUAUAUUUUUGAACAUGCAAGGGUUAGCAGAUGUAUAUCGUGAAGAAAUAAUGUUAAUUAUAAGCGAUUGUACACCGCUUUUGGAGCAAUUUGGUAACUGCAUGAAUAAAUGAGCCGUGUCAAGACA